AUGCCGGACGAUCUGCAACCUCGCUGUAUAGCUUUUGGGUUAAGCCCUAUCCUUGAGGCGUUGAGGGAGCAGGAGAUGGUGGUGGAGGAAAUCUCCCUUGACUCAACGUUCGGUACCAAUGCUCAACAAAUGGAGCUUUAUGCCCUUGUGUUGGACACUGGGGAAGGCAUCCCGGCCUGUUAUAUGUUUCUUGAAAAGGGAACGACAGCGCUGGAUAUCUCAUCCAGCCCUUUCCAGAAAACGUAUGCAGUACGGUCAUUCCUUUCAGCUGCGAAGGACGUCUUCAGCCUUGACCCGAAAGUCAUUCAUAUCGACAAAGACGCUGCUGAGAUUCUCGCCUGCCGCGAUGUGUACGCUUGA